CAUCAACAGACAACCCACAGCUGUGGCCACGGACAGAUAACUGCAGCGGAAUGGUGCGAGAAGUAUAAAAACUCGUUGCAAUCUAGCAUACGAUGCCCGAUAAAUAUAAAGUAUUACAUGGAGGAAGAGAGACUGUGCAGUAUGUAUUGCUGUUAUAUAACUUGCAGCUGCUUCCGGAUCAGCUGGGCUGCUCAUACCAUACAUCCAAGUGCAAGAAUAAAUCUAUCGUUUAAUCACAGUAAUCCAACAGCGUAUCUGUGCUAA